AUGAGAACUAUUUAUAAGGAUAUUCAUGCGUAUAUUGUUCAGUAUUUAUCGACACGUGCUGAUGUACUUCCUCAGGCGUAUAUUGUUCUCCUCAAGCAGUUGCAAGAUUCUCUUCCUCCGCGCCCAGUGAAAGAGGUUUGCCGAACUAUUCAGAAAGAGUUGGGAAAAUCUGUGGAUGAUCUCUUCUCAGAAUUUGUUGAAACUCCUCUUGCAACAGCGUCGAUAGCACAAGUUCAUCGUGCAACUCUAAACGAUGGGAGGAACGUGGUUGUUAAAGUUCAGCAUGAGGGCAUCAAGACAGUCAUACUAGAGGACUUGAAGAAUGCAAAGUCGAUAGUUGAUUGGAUAGCAUGGGCAGAACCACAAUAUGACUUCAACCCGAUGAUCGAUGAGUGGUGCAAAGAAGCACCCAAAGAACUGGACUUUAAUCAUGAAGCUGAGAACACGAGAACUGUCUCAAAGAACCUUAACUACAAAGACAAGCGGGAUAAUGCUGCCCCUGGGAAUGCCGUCGAUGUCUUUAUUCCAGAAGUGAUUCAGUCAUCGGAGAAGUGCCUUGUUUUAGAAUACAUGGAUGGAAUUCGUUUAAAUGACAAAGAAUCAUUGGAUGCUUUUGGUGUUGACAAACAAAAGCUCCUUGAAGAAAUUACCCGUGCGUAUGCCCACCAAAUAUAUGUGGAUGGAUUUUUUAACGGUGAUCCCCAUCCUGGUAAUUUUCUUGUGAGCAAGGAACCCCCACAUCGUCCGAUUUUGCUAGACUUUGGUCUUACAAAGAGAGUGUCAACCUCUAUGAAGCAAGGACUUGCGAAGAUGUUCCUGGCAUGUUGUGAGGUUCGUAGAUCUUUUCUUCAAUUUUGUAUUAUUUUAAUGAAAAUCUAUUAUUCAACCAAUAGUUUAACUGAAAAAGCUAAGCAACGUAUCCCCUUUUAUGCACUUAUUUCUUUGUUGUUUUUUCGAUCCUUGAUGAGCCAAAUUGGGCACUCUGGUACCGUUUGGUCUGUAGGAAGCUAUGGGCGUUCUACCUUCUUCUUGUGUGCAUUUUUCUUUUCUUCCAAAGAAGCUCGAAAAACCUCAUAAAUUAGAGUUAUGAAUUACA